AUGCGAAAAGUCGCCGCCGAUGGUUACCGCGUUGCAACCAAUCCCAAGGAGUGGGACAUGCAACAGGUCUUCAAGACAGUCGUUGUCAAGCCCGCCCUGGUCAUGCCCUCUGUCUUCCUCGGUGUCCUUUUGAAUCUCCUGGAUGCUCUGUCCUACGGAAUCAUUCUUUUCCCUCUCGGCGAGGAAGUCUUUUCCAGCAUGGGUGCUGAUGGUGUAUCAAUGUUCUACGUGAGUUGCAUCACUGCUCAAUUGACCUACUCCAGCGGAAGCAUCUUCAGUGGAGGUGUCGGCUCCGAGAUGAUCGAGGUUGUGCCUUUCUUCCACAAGAUGACCUACAUGAUCAUGGCCCACAUGGGCACCAGCAACCCUGAUGCUUUGAGAGCCACUGUCAUCACUUCUUAUGCUAUGAGUUCUAUCCUCACUGGUCUUGUCUUCCUCGGUCUUGGUGCUGCCAAACUGGGUACGCUUGUCAACUUCUUCCCUCACAGCAUUCUUACUGGUUGUAUUGGAGGUGUGGGUAUCUUCUUGUUCGUCACUGGCAUCGAAGUCUCGGCACGAUUGGAUGGCAACCUCGAAUUCACUUCUGCUGUUCUUCACAAGCUCUUCCAAGCAGAUACCAUUGUGCUCUGGCUACCUCCUCUUUUCCUGGCGAUUCUCUUGUUGACCGUCAAACAUUACUAUGAUCGCCCAUGGCUUGUCCCUGCAUACUAUAUUGCUAUCACCGCCAUCUUCUACAUUGUCGUCGCUGCAGUCCCCGACCUUGGUAUGGAUAAGCUGCGUCGCAAAGGCUGGGUCUUUGACGCCCCCCAAGCUGGUUUGCCAUUUUAUAACUUUUACAGCCAUUACAAGUUCCAUCUCGUCGAUUGGAAUGCCAUCUGGAUAACUGUGCCUACUCAAUUCGCCCUCACCUUCUUCGGCAUCUUGCACGUUCCUAUCAACGUCCCCAACCUGGCCAUAGUCGUACAAGAGGACAAUGUCAGCGUCAACAGAGAACUGAUCAUGCACGGCAUCUCGAACACUCUGUCUGGCUGCGUUGGUAGCAUCCAAAACUACCUGGCCUUCGUUAACAGUGUGCUCUUCAUCGAGACUGGAGGCAAUAGCCGUCUUGCUGGUUACAUGUUGACUCUAGCUACUUUUGGUCUCCUCGUUGCUGGCCCCGUUGUCAUAGGCUAUGUGCCUGUCAUGGUUGUCGGCACCUUGAUCUACAUGCUUGGCAUCGACCUUGCGCAAGAAGCCAUCUGGGCUACCUACGGACGAUUGCACCGUCUGGAGUAUGCUACCAUUGUCAUCAUCUCGUUGGUAAUGGGUGCUUAUGAUUUCGUCGUCGGCAUCGCGGUUGGCAUUGGGCUUGCUUGUCUGGUCUAUGUUGUUCAAACGUCACGCAAGACUGUAAUUCGUGCCGAGUUCUCUGGUGCUGUAGCAGAGUCAACUGUACGCCGUCAUCCCCGUCAACGUGAAUACCUCCACAAAGUUGGUCCUCAAAUCCGCGUGGUCAAGCUGGGUGGUUAUCUCUUCUUUGGCAGUAUCGUCAAGGUCGAGAAGAAGGUUAGAGCUCUGAUAGAAGCAGAAGCUUUUGCCGCAGAACCCAUCCGCUACCUCAUCCUGGACUUUUCUCACGUUGCCGGUAUCGACUUCUCGGCAGCAGAAGCCUUCAACCGAAUGAACCGAAUUCUACACCGCCGCGAUGUAACAUUAGCUCUGGCGGGAGUAAGUCUUGAAGGCGAGAUUGGCAGGAGUCUCCAGAUGGUCGGUCUUUUCAAAGAUCCUGUCGAGGACUCGACGAUCCCACCUCCAAAGGUCUUUGAGGAUCUGAAUGGUGCGCUCGAAGCCUGCGAGAAUGAGAUGUUGGUCAUUCUGUCCGACAAACAACGCAUUGAAGCCCUGAAUCAGCAAAAGGAAGCCUCUGCCGAGAACAUUGACAUCCCCUCAACUUUAGCUGUCCAAACACCUGCAUCGGCAGAUAUGAGCGUAGGAUCACCUAGACGUAAUUUCCUGCACCAAGCUGCCACGACGACUCUGGAAUCCCACCGCGGACCCAACGGUGAUAGCAACCGCUGGAAGCACUUCAAGCAACCGCUGCCACUGAUUUUGCAAUCUUUCCAGGGCCUUACGGCACGCAACGAAGACUUCUGGUUCCGCGCCGUGUCUUACUUCGAACCUCGCACCUACCCCGCAGGUAAAAUCCUUUACUCACGUGGUGAUAAGCCCGAUGGCUUCUACCUUCUUCAGUCGGGCAUCCUACGGGCAGAGUAUGAUCUCGAUCAGGGAAGCUAUCACGAAAGCAUUGUCUCCGGCACGACGUGCGGUGAGCUACCCUUCUUCUCCGAGACGGCACGCACCAGUACCGUUAUGGCCGAGAUGGAUUGCGUGGCAUGGCUCUUAACGCUGGAGGCUUGGGAGAGGAUGCAAGACAAGGAGCCAGCAGUAGCUCAGGAGAUGCUGAAGGUUGGCAUGAAGUUGAGUGCCGAAAGGAUGAACGCCAUCACUUCGUGA